GUUGAAUUAAUGAAUACAUCAAGUUUCAAUGUCUUAAUAAAAGUAAGUGUUAGGAUAGUCGGAAAAAUAUACCAAUAAUUAUCGUGUUAAGUCUAUGGUGGCCUUGGACCUUAAAUGUACAUUUCCUAUUGGUCGAUGUUUAUUUUACUUGUUAAAUAUUGUGUAAAUGUUGUUUUCUAUUUUAUGGUACGAUAUGGUUUGUUUGUUUGGUAUAUAAGUAGAGUAUGUCUGAAAUACAAUGAUUCAUAACUCAGAGGCUGUGACUUGUGUUUUUGACUCAACUGGCUAGGACGGACAGCGAAGCAGGACCAAUCAGGGCACUAGGUCGUCCGUACGUGUUUUCCGUGUUACUGUGAUCGAUCGAUAGAACGCUGCUUAUCAAAACCUGCAGUCACACACGUUACAACAGUAAGUAUAGUAGUAUGAUACUAGUAUUAUGAACUAAAUAUCUUUGUUUCUUGUAGAAUAUAUCAAAAUAAAAAAAGUUACGCCUAACAAAAUAUGACGGACGAUUAUGUUCAACAGUUAACAUAAAAUUGAAAGAUUUGGAAAGUAGCCACAAUUAAAAGAAUUUAAACCCAUUAAGAAACAAUAAAUUCAUCAUACCGAGCAUUAGUCAUUUAAAACACUGAGAAUAAAAAACCUACAAAAAUACAAUCAAAGAGAUAUUUCUUAAUUUAAUAGUUGAAAUCAUGAGUCAAUUGAAGCUAGACCACUAUGGAAAACCUGCAAGCACUGGAUGGCCGUUUUGUCCUAUUUUGGAACUCAUCAGCGAUGCGCAUCCACGAUCCCGCCCGGCGAGAUUCGAACCCUGCUCUCAUUCGAGCGCCUAAUCACUAGACCUCUGAGCCGGAAUCUAACAAUGUUAAUGUCUAACUUCAACCAAUCUGCGAAGUUGAGCCACAUGUCCACCAUUGUCUUCAAUUACAGUUCAUCUCAAUUUCAACAUCUUAUCUUAUCACACCGACCCUUCCGUUCCCAAUUAUAAUUUCAUUAUCUAUCUUCAUGCUCUCAAUAACAAAAUUAUUCCUUGACUAAUAUUCUCCUAAAAAUAUUUCCUACAGAAAAAUGAGUGAUUUAUAUGUUGGUUGGAAUUAUAAUGGACAUUUUGAACAAGAAUUUUCAGUGUAUACUCAUACUAGUAUAGGUAGUAACAAAACACCGGAUCCUGUAUGCAGUAAUUUUAGAUGUUUUAAAUGUCAAGAAAUUGUUUAUUUGUACACGGAUUGAGCGAAAGAUGAAACUUUAUUUAUGCUAACGAUUUUAAAUUAUUUCCGUACAUGAUAAUGCGAAAAUACUAAAAUAUACAUCCCUUGUUACGAUAUGCUGAACUUCUACUGUUUUGACAUCAAUAGGGCAGUAACAGGUUUACAAUUAUAUUUUAUCAUCGUUCAGCUCUAUAUCGUAUAUUAACCAAUUCAUAUUACUUAUUCUUGAUCAGGAAGUUCGGUAAGUAAUUCGACAUUCAAAGAUCAGUUGUCUAAGGUUCAGCUUGAUGGGUGAUUUGGAUAGGGCUUAGUAGUAUUUCAAUGAACCUACUGUAGAAAAUAUAUUUGCUUUUACCCAGAACUACAUUAAAAGUGAAGUUUAUUGAACUAGAAAUAGGAGUAUCAUAAACCUUUUUUAGAUGUACUGAAAGCACUGAAAAAUUUUACGAAAUCGAAGACUAAUACAGACAGUCAUGACAAGUGUCACUAAGGUUAAUAACCAAUUAGGGUAUCUUAACUAAGUCAUUCCCUGAUUAUGACUAACUACGUUUACUUUGAUUUGAAACUUCAAAAUUGUCGAAAUUCAAACUUCCAAACACAAAUUAGGGCAUUCUGUCUUAUUUUGUUGAUUACUGAUGUUAGUUUUAAUCCCUACUUUACUUAGUUACUAACGCCCGUUACUCCCGAUGGAGCGUAGGCCACCGACCAGCAUUCUCCAACACACUCUGUCACACUCUGAAUUCCUUUCCAGUUCUAUCCAACUUUUGUUCAUUUUUCUCAUGUCUGUCUUCAUUUCUCCGCACAAUGUGUACUUUGGUCUUCCUCUUCGCCUUUGACCUUCAGGAUUACAUGUGAGGGCUUGCAUUGUGACGCAGUUAGGUGCUUUACUCAAUGUGUGUGUGUGUGUGUCCUAUCCACUCCUAGCGAUUCUUCCUCCACUGGAAUCUGGUUUGUUCUCUCCCACGAUUGGUUGAUUCUGAUAAUGUCUGGCUAACAGAUCCGAAGUAUUUUGCAUAGAAAGCUGUUAAUGAGCACUUGUAUCUUCUGGAUGAUGGCUUUCGUAGUUCUCCAGGUUUUCGCCUCAUACAGUAGAACUAUUUUGACAUUUGUAUUGAAAAUUCUAACCCUGGUGUUGGUUGACAAUCGUUUUGAGUUCGAGAUGUUCUUCAGUUGUAAAUAUGCUACUCUUGCUUUGCCGAUCCGUGCCUUCACAUCUGCAUCAGAUCUACCGUGUUCAUCAAUCAUGUUGCCCAUCACAUAUGUAAAGGUUUUUACAUCUUCCAAAUGUUAUCCGUCAAGUGUGAUUGGAUUGUUGCAUGCUGAGUUGUAUUGGAGAUUCUUGCUUUCCCGUUUGUGUAUGUUGAGACCUACUUCUGCUUCUGCUGCUGUUGCUGCUGAGGCUACUGCUCUACUGGUCGUCUUCUCCUGCAUUUGUUGUUACGUAUGCGGUAGAAGAGGCAGAUCGUCUGCUAAUUGUAGAUCGUUCAGUUGGAUCGUAGCUGUCCACUUUAUCCCAUGCUUCCCUUCAGAUGUUGACGUCUUCAUGAUCCAGUCGAUCACCAGGAGAAAGUGGAAAAGUGAGAGUAAGCAGCCAUGCCUGACACCGGUCUUUACCUCGAACGAGUGUGUCAAGUGUCCUCCAUGCACAAUUAGCUUUAAUCCAUAGAGUACUGUAUUCUAGUCGUCAAUAUUUACCUGAAUUAAAACGUCACGUUUAUAACUGACUGUGCAAGAUGCUCCAAAAUACAUGCGCUUUAUAUAUUUUCUACCGGUUUUCGUUUCGCAUUAAAAAUAGAGAUUACAUUCCAACUUCCAACUUAUAUAUAUCCCAAGAUAUUAUUAAAUCCGAUUUUUCAUUUCCCGUUUACAUGGUUUUAGUUAAUGGUCUGCGGGCUAAG